AUGGGCAAGUGUCGCGGUCUUCCUACUGCCAGGAAGCUCCGUAGCCACCGACAAGCCCGGAAGUGGCAUGAUACACAGUACAAGAAAGCCCAUUUGGGCAUUGCCCUGAAGGCCAACCCUUUUGGCGGCAUUUCUCACGCCAAGGGAAUUGUGCUGGAAAAAGUAGGAGUUGAAGCCAAACAGCCAAAUUCUGCCAUCAGGAAGUGUGUCAGGGUUCAGCUAAUCAAGAAUGGCAAAAAAAUCACUGCUUUUGUACCCAAUGAUGGUUGCUUGAAUUUUAUUGAGGAAAAUGAUGAAGUUCUGGUUGCUGGAUUUGGUCGCAAAGGUCAUGCUGUUGGUGACAUUCCUGGAGUCUGCUUUAAGUAGCCAAUUGUCAAAGUA